CAACUCUUGAAUGGGUUUGUCGUUGUCGAGGAUCGAGCUCCCUCCACUCUCGGGCUCCUACGUAGCGAGCGGUUCCUUCCGUGUGCGUAAUCCGAGUGUCGAGACAGGCAGCACAGAAGAGCGGACAGGGGAACGCCGCGCCGGUGAGGGCUGUGUGCGCGUGGGCGUCGGUAAACCGCGUGGCACGACGGAGAGCUGGAGAGCGACAGACGCGCGUUGACACGGAACAGGCGGACGAGGACCGGGGGUUGUUGACGGUCGUCGGAAACGGAACGUGUGACCAAAACGUCGUCCUCGAGAUCUCGGAAUAUAAUAAACCUGGGGGAGACUGUUAAGUAAGUAUUUGGAACAGUGUCAAAAACCGCGACGCCCGCCUGCCUGCCUUUUGUCGAUCUCAAGAGGAUCCGCGCGGUCCGCGUUUGUUGUCCACGCGGGUGACGACGGUGCGACGCGCGACGGUGGGGCAGAGGUGUAAUUCCACCGAAAAGUACUUUCCUCCUCAUCUCUCCCGCCGGCUCGUCACUUGGACGGCGUAGCGUGUGCGCUACGGCGACGGCCGAAGGAGAGGGAGAGAUAUACACUCGCUGCUGGUAGAAGCGCACGGCGAAGCGAGUGCGUUUCUACGCACAAACGGGACACGGGCGUACAGGUGGUCGCGGUCAAGUCGCGAAAGGAGAUUUCCCGUCUGUGAUGUGCGAGUGAGCGAUGGAAUCACCAGUCAUGUACGACUCGGCGGCCCAUCAGGCCCAGGUCCAGGGUACGACGGAUUUGAAGAAGUCCCAGGUCCUCAACAACAAUACCAGCAAUCAGAAUAACAAUAACGCCGUGACGAACAAUAACAACUCCGCGCUGCAGAUCAAUCACAACCACAAUCAUCAGCAGAGCAACGCGGUUAAGCAGGUCUCCGGCAGUAAGGCGAGCUUGCAUCAGCAAUACGCUGAGCAUUGCGCGGCUGCCGGCGAGCUUACCGAUCUCAACGCCCCGGAGAUCUCGUUGGACCUCCAGAAUCUGAUCGACGACAACCAGUUCGACAAUCAGUCGUUUCUGGAUAUGCUCGGCACCAACAACAACGCCAUAAAGCAUACCAGGACGGGCGGCUAUCCGCGCACGACGCUCGCUUACAUACCGCAGCCGGUGCACAGCGGCGCGACCUAUCAUCAGAACAGCAAUAGCUGCAGCGACAGCAACAGCUCGAGCUCGGAGUCGCCUAGCAUCAAGGAGGAGCCGAUGGAUCCGGCGGACUACAGACGCCACUGCCCACAGUAUCCGUCCACCGGUUACAGCCCGGUGACAAAUAACCCGUUCGCCAAUGGCGGCCAGACCUUCACCACCCUGACGCCGUCGACAAUACCGGGCGGUCAUCCGGGCGCGCCGGUCCAUCAGCCGCCGCCACGGGGCGGUGGCCCUAUGAAGGGCCCGGUAAUGGCUCAUCAGCAUCACAACGCCGCGAACGUCGCCAGGAAGCAGACCAAGGCCAUCGACAAGGCGAGCGACGAGUACAGACGUCGGCGGGAGAGGAAUAACAUCGCCGUGAGGAAGAGCCGCGAGAAGGCGAAGGUGCGAACGCGCGAAACCGAGGAGAAGGUCAAGCUGCUGGUGAAAGACAACGACGUACUGAAGAAACGAAUCGAGCUGCUCAACGAGGAGCUUAAUGUGCUCAGAUCGUUAUUCAGCAGCGUCGGCGUCGUGCCCGAGCAACUGCAUCGUGAGAUCUCCAGGCAUCUCGACCAGUUCCAGCAACAUGCAAUUGGACCUAUGUAGCAGCAGCAGCAGCAGCAGCAACAAUGUACAGACAUUGCCGCGCAAUUCGAGAUGACAUCGUCUUCCGCCGACGACUCGCGUCCCCAGGCUAUCAGGCCGCUCCGAUUGUGAGACGAAGUCGCGUCCUCCGCUCCCUCACCGCAUCUUCCCGCAGCACCGCGUCCAUCUCAUCAUAUUUUCUCUUCCUCUGUCCCUCUUUUCCUCCUUCCACCUCUUCCUUAUAUCUCACUCGUCCCGAAGCGCGCGACGCAAACGCACGUGCACGCGUGCAUGCAUGCAUGCAUGCGUGCAUGCGUGCGUCGUCAUCGUUGCGUCGAGAAUCGCGAAGGCGCGAACGUGGGAGGGAGAAGGGAGGGAUCGCGCGGCGAAUCACGUAGGAAGAGCAAGCUACUCUACGCGAGGAAUAGCGUCGUUCACGUAUAAGAACUUCGUAUUUCAAUGGAAGAGAAGUACCUCUGCCUGCGAAACAAAGGAGCAACCCCUCGCUCCAGAGAGUGUUGUACUUUCGGACGCUGAAAAAGCAGAGAUAAGAAGGGGGAAGGGGACGAACAUUGAUAAAAUAAAGCAGUAAAUCGUGAAGAAUCGGUCGCGUGAUCUGCAAGCAAGCCAUCGUGUUGCGAUAUUAUCUCCCGAGAUGAUACCGAGAAUCGAAGCUUAGAGUCGACGAAGAACACGAAAGACAGUUCGAUUUUUCUUUUUUCUCUUUCAUUCAUUUUCCUUCGUCAUUCGUGUUACUUUUUUUUUCUUAGUGUCUUACCUCCAUCGUUCUUUCCACUUGGCACUUAUGGUCCUCAUCGAUGGGCACGAAAAGUCGCAACGCGAAGGCAAAACUCCGACAUUUCGAACAAAUCGUGUCUCGGUUGUGUGAUCCACGCGAGAGAAUCUUCACUUUAGUUGUAUAUUAUGUUUUCGUACUACACAAAACACGGACAUACACUUAACACAUCUCCAACGCGAAAGACAUGUAUACACGGCGUUGUAUUUAGAUUCGGUUCUUAGAUAAUGUUAAAUUAAUGAACUUAGGCUAUCAUUCUCCAAUUACCAAGUACCUAAAAAAAAAGUCAUAUCGAAACACGGUGAUCUGUAUCAACGUGAUUCAUAUCGUGCAUCCACGAGACAAGUCGAUAUCCAUCUUCUCUUGAUACAUAUUCGCUCGUAUUUUGACGAAGCAUGGCCAAGCAACACAGCCGAGCACUUUAUCCACGCGCUCUUGUAUUAUAGUUCUAAUUAAUUUUAUUAUUAUUAUUAUUAUAUUUGAGAUGUAUGUACAUAAAAAGCUAAUAUAUUUUGUUAGAGGAGAAACAGAGAGAGAGAGAGAGAGAGAGAGAGAGAGAGAGAGAGAGAAAGGGAGAGAGAGCAUGUGAGAGAGAAUUGGCCGGAAAGACUGGGAAAUAAUUGAGCGGAUUGUACAUGUGCGUGUGAUCCCGUGUACGUGCGUACACGUGUGUAUGUGACACGUCGCGUGCGCGAAUACGUCGGGACGAAUUGUUGUAAUUGCAUAUUUUAUUAGCGACGAGAGUGAGACGAGAGUGAGACAAUAAUCAAGCGAGAGGUGGGAGAAUCGGAGGAAUCGUAUAUGAUUGCUCUGAGCAUGCGGCCGCAUGAAGCGGAGCUUCGCGAUGCCAACUCGUGCGUAAAUCCGAUGCGUACAACAGUAACCAGCCAGUGUGCACCGUGCACGUUUUAAUUAUUCGCGAGCGAAGACGCGUGCGACCGCGUGUAAUUAGUGUGAAUGCGUGAUAGGCGUUACGCACGCGUGCCUUGAUGUAUGACUGAUGUAUGAUGUUAGGGUACAAAAUUACCUGUCACGGUUGUCUUCUUGUCUAUGCACAAAUAUAUUUUGAUAUGAAACGUA